UGACCUGACUGGCUGUCCUUUGGUUAUCAGUCCUGCCGUUUGGGGGCAAGAAUUGGAGGAAAGCCAUCCCAAAAUGGAUGUUCUCAAGUUGAAAACGAGUAGUCUGGGACUGUAAGGUAAAAAAAGAGUUGAAGGCAUGAGUUUUCGGUAUCUUAAGACAGCUUCCUGAUCCUGAGGGUACGGCCAGCUGAAUAUGAGGGGCUUUUAAAUGGGAGAAAAAAACAAGAAGCAAAAUAAAUACGACCCCAUUUUAACCGACGUCAUUUGCCGCAAGCAACGACCCUAGAAGUAAGGCUCUCCUACAGGGUCGGUUGGAAGUUACCCACUGUACACCCGAGAGACUGUGCCGUGGGGCGGUGAGCUGCACUGUGCCAUGAAACUGGGGCAGGGGCCCAGCAGGUAGAAGUGAGAGGUGGACUGGGCUCUAGGGCCUGGAACGCCAGAGCCACUGGACGAGCGACACUCAGACCCCGAAGCUACGUAGGGACCCUGAGCCUAGGCCAAGCCAGCCCGAGCAGGGCAGAGUGCUUAGGUGGCCAUGAAGGGCGUGGCGUGCAGGCCCCGCCCCCUCGCGAUGCUUUCCUUCCUCCGCCAGCCGCCAAGCGCUCCACUGUUCGCAUUUGCAGAGAGGGAGGAGAAAUCGGAGUGUUGGGGAGCUCUUGCCUAGCCCGGCCCAACCUUUGCUCCAGAGAUCAUGGCUGCCGAGGAUGUGGUGGCGACUGGCGCGGACCCGAGCGACCUGGAGAGCGGCGGGCUGCUGCAUGAGAUCUUCACGUCCCCCCUCAACCUGCUGCUUCUCGGCCUCUGCAUCUUUCUGCUCUACAAGAUCGUACGCGGGGACCAGCUCGGGGCUGGUGGCGACAACGACGACGACGAGCCACCCCCGCUGCCUCGUCUCAAGCGGCGCGACUUCACCCCUGCUGAGCUGAGACGUUUUGACGGCGUCCAGGACCCGCGCAUUCUUAUGGCCAUUAAUGGCAAGGUGUUCGACGUGACCAAAGGCCGCAAAUUCUACGGGCCGGAGGGGCCAUACGGGGUCUUUGCCGGAAGGGAUGCAUCCAGGGGCCUUGCUACAUUUUGUUUGGACAAAGAAGCGCUGAAGGAUGAGUAUGAUGACCUUUCUGACCUCACCCCUGCCCAGCAGGAGACUCUGAGUGACUGGGACUCUCAGUUCACUUUCAAGUAUCAUCAUGUGGGCAAACUGCUGAAGGAAGGGGAGGAACCUACUGUGUACUCAGAUGACGAAGAAGCAAAAGAUGAGAAUGCUCGGAAAAAUGAUUGAAGCAUUCAGUGGAAGCAUAUCUAUUUUUGUAUUUUGCAAAAUCAUUUGUAACAUUCUAGUCUGUCUUUAAAACAUGGUGAUUUCACUAUUUAGAAAAGUUUUGAACUUGCUGUAAAUUUUUUAAAUUAACAUUACUAGUGACACUGGUAAAAUCAACUUGUCUUAGAAUGCAUGAUGUGUGUGUCACAAAUCCAGAAAGUCAACUGCAGUGCUGUAAUGCAAAUGUUAAAGCUGUUUUUCUUCUAUCUGUAGUUAGAACAAACUGAAUUGCAAUUUGAUUUUUCUGAGAGAAAGAGAAAACUUGGGUAUUUCCACAAACUGCUCAAAAUGGUAAAUGUACUGAGAAUGAAAAAGGAUCAACUUCUAAUCAUGUUGUUCUCUGAAAACAAGCCCAUUUUACUCAAUUGACUUAACUGCAUGAUUAUUGUUUUAUCUACCUCUAAAGCAAAUCUGCAGUGUUCCAAAAAUCUAUGGUAUUCAAGAGAGAUGUCCAGUAACAAAAUGAAAAUUCAAUGAUGGGCUCAGUUGGGGCAAACAUAUUGCCUGUGUUGGUGGGCUGAUUUAUCAUCCUUGUCCCCAUGUGGACAUACUCCCACAUAUGGUAACUCACACACAGUAAUUAGCAAUUGGAACUAAAACGGCAUCUGAAAAUACAAAGUAGGGCUUUGCAAAAAGUAAAAAUUUAAAAAAUAAAAUUCUGUUGCUUGUAGCAGAGCAAUGGCUAUGUGGUUAUUGACCAAAUGCAGAUUUUGAGAGGGACAUACAGGGCAGGAACAAGUGUGUGCUUUUCCAAAAACUUUCACCGUCAUCUCUGAAGAAUGAGAAAACACUACAUGGCACUAGCUGAGUGAUUUUGAAAGGAAAAUACAUUCCUAAGGUAACAGUCAAAUCCUUCUGUUGUUACAAACCUGUAGUCACUUGGAAAGUAGUCAAGUGUCUAGGUCUUGGAGAAUUCUCUUUUGGUUAAUACUAAACCUAGCUUAACUGUAGAUAAGUAGCUACAGUUGUAUAAAUUUGUAAAAUUAUUAUAUGAACUAGUGAGGUUUCAAACUCUUGUAAUUUUAGUUAGUCAUUGUAUUUUCUUGUGAGUUGUGUUUAACGGUUUUAUCUGAAAUCAGAAAAAAAAAUACAAAGUGCUUGGGUCAGUUAAUAAAAAAGGUUUUACCCAGUA